GUCAUAGGCAACCAAUUGAAAGGGGCAGAGAUUUGUCACUGUAUUUGUCUAUUCAACCUACCUGUCAACUUUACUGUAUACGCUUCUUAUUUAAAGUUAGCAAGUAUUUAGCGUGUUUUCUCUCACUAAAUUCGUGCUAAGCAGGACUGACAAAGUUCUAAAAAAAUAAUGUCGUAACACUAGUUAUCACGAGUGACAGUGUUAGCGGUUUAAAUGGGCGAAGUUUGGCACAGUUAGUCCCCCCCUGCACUGUCUAAACUGGCCGGGCUCCGGAGCAGGAUAUUAGUCAGAGCCAGCAGGAUGGAGUGGCUCUUCCAGCGGUGCCAUAAAGAGGUCGUCUUGAACUUUCGCUCGGUGCUGCUCGUGUCGUGUUUGUUCUUGAUCCUGCUGGUGUGCAUGUACCCUGGGUUGUGGUCCAUUGGGGUCCAGCUUCAUUCUGUAUUCACAGGGAGCUAUGUACCAGGUCACUACUCUGUCCUUGUCAUCAACACUCCCAAUGAGCAAACAGCAAAGCACGUUGGCAGGGCAAUCAUGGAAAGGCGGUUGGCGGCCAGCGUUAACAUUCUCUCCAAGACCUCCACAAUGUUCUAUUGGAAAGGAGAAAUCCAGGAUGCAAAUGAAAUCCUGAUGCUGGUGAAAACAAAGACUUCCAGGAUCCAGAAGGUGGUGGACUACGUGAGGUCUAUACAUCCCUACGGGAACCCAGAAGUCCUCAGUCUUGCAGUAGAUGACGGCAGCUUGGCGUACAUGAAAUGGAUGGACGAAGCCAUUCCAGAUGACUGAUAUUUCAUUAAGGCCAAAGCUAAUCUCAGCCGGGACUGCCGUCAAACAAGGAAACUGAGCCAUGUGUGUUUGUUGCUCUUAACUUUUUUUUUCCAGGAUUUGGAGGGUUUUAAAAGUUCAGGAAGUGCUCUGUAGCAUUAAAGUUUUAAUACAAGGCAGUUUUGUUGGCCUGACCUUCUUAACCGGAAGUGUACUGCAGAGAUUGGAUUUCAAACACUGCUUGUAAAAAGGAAAAAAAAUGACAUGAAAGAGUCAAAGUUCCACUCAGGUAAUCUGUUGUAAGGAAAUGGACACGAACUCUUAUGGUGCUUUUAAGCAUAUCAGUUCUUUUUUAUGGUAUGUUACCAGAUCAUUCUCUCCAGUUUAAGAAAAACUUUAAAACUUAAAAAAAAAGACUUUUUGAGUCUGGUAUGUGACAAGUCACAUAACCAAGAUGUUAUAAUAAUAAUAGCAAAUAACAAUAAUAAUCAAUAAUCAAGACGUAUAAUGUAAUAAAGAAAGUAAUACAGUCAUAUUGCCCCUUAUUUCCACUUUGCCUUAACUCACCUGCAUGGUAAAGGCCCUUCAUUAUGCAUUAUUGCAUAUAUGCUUUACUGCUACUGUCAUAUAGGAAGUGCCAAAAAAAAGUGAAUUUUAUGGAACCUCAAUCUGCAGCACUUCUCUUUGUGCUCACCAGUCCAGUAGGGCCAGGAAUUAAACACACUGGAAUGUAGCCUGUGUGCAUUUAUAUAAUUUGUCUCAACUGUAACAGAGUUUUUGAGUUGACCUCUCUAUUUUGUUAGACCCAACUUUUCUAUUUUGCAUCUGCAAAAGGCUUCAAGGGAGACCAGCUGCAUGUCAAUAGUGUAGAAGGCCACUGAGUUUCACCCUAUUUUGGGUGAAUGCAUAAAGAAAACCCUCUAUGCAAGGUUAAACUCCACACUCGCUGUAAACCUAUGGGCUCAUCUCUCGUCUGUAAUAAAUGCAUCUAUAUUUUAUACUA